GGGCCAGGAGUCGCAGUUCGGGGCUGGCCGGCUCCCCCACCCCGCGGUCGCACAGAUGGCGGUGCUGGCGAUCUUGGCCAAGAAGGUGUGGUGCAGCCGGCGCCUGCUGGUGCUGCUCAUCGCGCCGCUGCUGCUGCUGCCGGUGGUGUUCGCCCUCCCGCCCAAGGAAGGCCGCUGUCUGUUUGUCAUCCUGCUCAUGGCCGUGUACUGGUGCACGGAGGCGCUGCCCCUGUCAGUUACAGCACUGCUGCCCAUCAUCCUCUUCCCCUUCUUGGGUAUCCUGAAGUCCAAAGACGUCUGCCCCCAGUACUUCGUGGACACCAACUUCCUCUUCCUCAGUGGUCUGAUCAUGGCCAGCGCCAUCGAGGAGUGGAACCUGCACCGGAGAAUCGCCCUCAAGAUCCUCACAUUUGUGGGGGUCCGGCCGGUCUGGCUCAUCUUUGGAAUGAUGGUGAGCACCGCCUUCCUGUCCAUGUGGCUGAGCAAUACUGCCUCCACCGCCAUGAUGCUGCCCAUCGCCAGCGCCAUCCUGAAGAACCUCUUUGGUGAGGAGGAAGAGAACACAGUUGCUGUGGGGACAAAAGGCAUGAACCCUGUGCCCAUGGAGAUGCAAUUUCUUGCCAGAAGAGAAGACAAAGACUUCCCUGAGGAGGCAGAGGAUCCGCCGGCUCUUGCAGACAGCAACAAGAAGGCGGAAGAAUAUCGCAAAAACAUCUGGAAGGGCCUCCUCAUCUCCAUCCCUUACGCGGCCAGCAUUGGGGGCACGGCCACUCUCACCGGCACGGCUCCCAACCUCAUCCUACUUGGUGGGAUCAAGAGUGCCUUCCCACAGAGCGACGUGGUGAAUUUCGGCUCCUGGUUCAUUUUCGCCUUACCUCUUAUGGUGCUGUUCCUGUUGAUUGCCUGGCUCUGGAUCUCCUUCCUGUAUGGGGGAAUAUUCACGAGGGGCUGGAAGAAGGACACAGAGGUCAAUGCUACUGGAGAAGAAAGGGCUCGCGCUGUGAUUCAGGAGGAAUACAAGAGUCUGGGGCAGAUGGUGUUUGCUGAACGGGCCGUUUUCGUCCUUUUCUGCAUGUUCGCCAUCCUCCUCUUCUUCCGGGACCCGAAGUUCAUCCCUGGCUGGUCCAAUCUCUUCAAACCUGGGUUUACCUCUGAUGCUGUAACCGGCGUGAGCAUUGUCACCAUCUUGUUUUUCUUCCCAUCCAAAAGGCCCUCUCUCCAGUGGUGGUGUGACUUUAAAGCUCCCAACACAGAGACAAAGCCCCUGCUGACGUGGAAGAGGGCGGAGGAAACCAUCCCCUGGAGCAUCAUCCUCCUCCUGGGAGGGGGCUUCGCCAUGGCCAAGGCCUGCGAGCAGUCCGGGCUGUCGUUGUGGAUCAGCGAUCAGCUGCACCCGCUGGAGAACGUGUCUCCCGCGCUGGCCGUCUUCAUCAUCACCUGCGUCGUCAUCUUCUUCACCGAGUUUGCCAGCAACACGGCCACCAUCAUCAUCUUCCUGCCCGUCAUGUCAGAGCUGGCCAUCCGCCUGAAAGUGCACCCCCUGUACCUGAUGAUCCCUGCCACAGUGGGCUGUUCCUACGCCUUCAUGCUCCCGGUCUCGACGCCCCCCAACUCAAUUGCCUUCGCCACUGGACACUUGCUGGUCAAAGACAUGGUGCGGACAGGCCUCCUGAUGAACCUGAUGGGCAUCAUGAUACUCAACAUGGCCAUCAAUACUUGGGCACAGCCCAUCUUCCAGCUGGGCUCCUUCCCGGACUGGGCCCAAGACCACUUAACCAAUGUCACGGGAAAGCCACCCUCAUUGGUGGCCAACGACACCUUGCUUGCCCUCUGAGUCCUCCUUGGAGACUCUGGGCCGGGCUCUUCCAGAAGGCUUUACCAGUACCUGCUCUUAGGACCAGACAGGGUGAUCAAGCAAUUCCCUGUGAUCCAGUAGGCAACACGCAAGGGUAACCUCCGGUGGUCCACUUGGGUCAGCAAGUUCAUCACCUAGGACACCUUCUCCUCGCUCAUGCGGCUCAGGACUCAGAUAUUUCCCAGAUCUCAAGCUCCUUUAUCUCUGAGCUGGAAUGUGGUUAGGAUGCAAGAGGGCCCAACUCCAGCAACAAUAAAUAAAUCUAGAAUUGCAUUUGUCUUGAACAGUUGGGAUGGGAAUCUAUCCAUCCCCAAGGGCACAGGGAACAUUCCCCACGGACUACUGUAGGUUGCACUCGGGGCACACCAUCUUGCCUUUAGGGGCCACCUUCCUUGGAGACCUGUCCCAGCUGCUCACAGCUGUUACAUGUUCAGUUCAGCGGGUGCCCGUUCUGCACCAGUUGUUUGACUAUUUCCCCUAUUGAAACCCAGCGGCCAGGGGAAUUUUCAACCCAUGGAGCCGGGGGGAAGGGGAGCAGGGGUCAGAAGGGACAGAUGGCCUCCUGAGGACACGGAGACUUGCAGAGCCUCCUUCCUGCUUCUCCGAGCUCCCAAGCACACCAGGGGAGUUCUAGAACCCCCGCUGACAUCUCUACCCAAGCUGUUAUGAUUCUCCUGUUUAAUCUGAUUCACUGUGGCCAUAUUUCUGGAGUUGGGCCAAGCCUGGGCCCUGCCCUCUUGCAGGUGACUCAUGGCUCCUCCAGCCAGAACCCACCUGCCUGUGGCCCGCAGAGGCCCGUGUGGCUGCUGGCUGCUGCUUACUCCGCAGCUGGUUCCAACCCUACCCCAACUGGCAAGGAUGUUUGAUUAGCAAAGACCAUAUUUUCCAGGGAGGAGAGGAAAGUCAAGAGAGAAACUGGGGACUUGCAAAGGGCCAGGGUGACAUGUCGCAAGCAGGCCAAGUCUCACAAUCCCCUUUCCAGACAGGGCCACUGAGACUUCCUGAAAGCCAGUGGCUGGCGGGCUCUCCUCGGGGAUUCCGUCACUGCUGGCUUCAAGCAGAAGUAUCUGGGCAUCUCCAGUGAACCACACAGUCCUGGGCCCUGCGGAUGCUCAGCAAGUGUCUGUGGAACGAGUGGCCCGGCAUGAGCGUAGCACCGGCAAAGGCACUCCGAGGGCCCCAGAGCCUCCCCUCUCCCCUUCCUGUACCUCCGAGGGAUGAGGCUCCCUGAGCAGCAGCCUGGGCCUGGAAGGCAGUCCCCAGAGACUGAACUCACCCUCAGUACAGCAGGAGUGAGUCAUGGGUGUUUCCCUGGAAGCAGGCUCCUUCCCAACUGAGUAGAAUGUCAGUAUUUAGUCACAGUUACAGCCCCGGGGGUGAGGAGUGGGGGAAGGUGUGUUCCCUGUGGGACAGGGCAGGAGAGAAGUGCAUUCACAGAGAAACCCAUGGAACUUAUAACCAGAUGAACUGUGAUUUCAAGUACUUUUGAUUGAAAAUGCUAUAAAAUAAAGAAUGUUAAUCAACA